UCCGGUAAUUCAGUUACAGCUGAUUAUUCAAGGCAAACAUGGUGGAGCCUGGUGUUGAAAGACCCGCGGAGCCCACAUUAACAGCGGCAGAGAAGCAGCAGCUCCUCCGCCGACAGCAGCUCGAGUUGUGGAAGACAAACGCCUCGCGGCUCCGCAGGCGGAACAUUCUGACGGGUCUGACUAUCGGAGCGUUUGUUCUCGGAGUGUUUGGCUACACCAUCCUGACGGUCAAACAGGAGAAAGUCGUGGAGGAGCUGGAUGAUGAAGCCAGGAUCCACGUCUUCAGAGGACCACGGACUGGUGCCAACUCCUGAGCCUCCGUCAGUGUGGGAGCACAGACCCUGACAUGUUAACAUCAGACUGUACAGAGACGCCACACUGAGUGUCUGCUAACCUUCCCUCACUGAAGACACUUAUUUAAGAAGGAUGAUACAGAGUUUGUUAAUUUGUUUUCUAUUUGCAAAUACAUAAAAUGUACUGUUGAAAUUCUUCAUGUUUUCAAAUAUUUUAUUUAAACCCAUCAGUGUAGCUUUGACAUGCUGUGGAAAAGUGUGAAAAUAAAUGUGGGAAAUAUUUACAGAUCCACAAGAAAGUGCUUUUACUAGUUAAAAUGAAAAUAUAGACAUACAAAUGUGAAUGUGUCUAAAGGCCUGCAUAAAUGGAAUAUAAUAAAUGGGAAAUUAAAUGUGUUUAUAUUGAUCUGUA